AUGGUACCCAAGAAAAUGAUGGCUUUUCUUCUCUCUCUUGCAGUUUUUAGAAGAAGUGAUGCCCCUAUUAUCAAAGAAGUCUCUCACAUGCAUCAUGUCAGCACAACAACAUUGUUAAUACUCCAGGGCUAUGUCAUGAAAUCUCUGGAAGAAAGGUGGUUUAAAGACUACCAAGAUCUCUUUCCACCUCAUCCUCCAGAGAAGGAAACCGAAAUACCACUAGCUUUGCCCAGGAAGCCCUCAAAGACAGCAGCUUACCUGCAGGAAUCCCAGAAGAGAGGCAGGUUGAAGAUAAUCAGCUUUAUCAAGAGAUUUUGUAAGUACUGCAGAUUUAUGUCUAAUUCCCAAAAGCGCCAGGAGUUUGAAGACUAUCUUCACCUGCAAGUACACAAUAGCAAGGAAAAUCUCUCCACAUCACCAAACAUAUCAGGACUCCAUCUGAAAAUCUCACUGAAUGCUGUCCCUUAUCAAUUUAAUGGUUUGGUGAGUUCAGCUCAUGUGCUACAAGUCAACCGGGCAUACAAUGAGAAUGACGUGAUCCUAAUGAAGUCCAAAAUUAACAUCAUCCUAAAGCUCUACCUGCAUUCAGAGGUCCCUUCAAGGCUGAGGCUCCCACUCUGUGGGUAGGUAAACAUCUCUGAGUCCCAGAAGGAUGCCAUCCUUGCUACCAUUGCAGAGGGCCACCUAGAUCAGAGCAUCUUCCACGGGGCUAUCAUGGCUCUCUUCCCCGUCAUUAUGUACUUCUGGAAAAGUUUUUGUUCCUGGAAGGCAAUCCACUCUUACUUAUUCCAGUACAGGGGGCAGAAGUUCAAGGACUGUGCAGACGAGGCUCACAGAGGGAAGAGCGAGGUUCCGAAGGACCAGCUGUAA